UAUUCACUGCCAUUUAUUCAGUUAGCGAGGAAGAAACGCAACAUAAGCCGCGACAGUAUGGCGACCUUGGAUCAAAAAUCACCCAAUGUGCUUCUACAGAGCCUCUGCUGCAGAAUCACGGGGAAAAGCGAAGCUGAAGUGGCCCACCAGUUCCAGUAUGCAGUGCGAGUCAUCGGCAGCAACUACGCCCCCUCUAUUGAGCGGGAUGAGUUCCUGGUGUCGGAGAAGAUCAAGAAAGAACUGCUGAAGCAGAGAAGGGAAGCAGACGCCGCGUUGUUCUCAGAGCUGCACAGAAAACUUCAGACGCAGAGUGUCUUGAAGCAUCGCUGGUCGGUUCUCUACCUGCUGCUCAGCCUUUCUGAAGACCCCCGCAAGCCCGCCGGCAGGGUGGGAAACUACGGAGCGCUCUUUGCCCAGGCCCUCCCUAGGGACGCCCACUCCACCCCCUUCUACUGCACCCGGCCACAGAGCCUGGCCCUGGGCUACGCGGAGAGGAGCGCCGGCCUGUCAGCCAGCAUGGGGACCAGUGGCAUCUCCAGUCUGGGGGUCUACACGCUCAACGGGCCCACGGCAACGCCGCAGUCUCUGCUGGCCAGUCAAGCCCCUCAGCCAGCAGCGGCGGUCGGCGUUCCUCUGGGCUCUCGGCUGGCCUGGGCUCUGCCUGUGAGCUGCUCCCCCUCGUCCGCUCUGCCCACCCGACUGCCCCUCGGACCCCCGGCCCCCUCCUCCAGAGCGAGCCGUCCUCGUCCAGACGGGGAGGUGAGCGAGGCGGCGCUGGUGCGGGACAUCCUCUACGUCUUCCAGGGCAUCGAUGGCAAGUUCAUCAAGAUGAGCGCCCAGGAGAACUGCUACAAAACAGACGGCAAGGUGGUGCUGUGCAAGUCCCUGAGGGACACCAGCAGCCGGCUGGCCGAGCUCGGCUGGCUCCACAACAAAGUCAGGAAGUACACCGACGUCCGCAGCCUGGACCGGGCCUUCGGACUGGUCGGACAGAGCUUCUGUGCCUCGCUCCACCAGGAGCUGAAGGAGUACUACCGGCUGCUGUCUGUCCUCCACUCGCAGUUGCAGGUGGAGGACGAGCAGGGUGUGACUGUGUGCACAGAGAGCGGUCUGACUCUCAGAAGGCUCCUGGUCUGGAUGUACGACCCCAAAGUCCGACUCAAGACGCUGGCCGCCCUCGUCGACUUUUGCCAAGGUCGGAAAGGGGGCGAGCUGGCCUCCGCCGUCCACUCUUACGGGAAAACGGGCGACCCGCAAAUGAGAGCGCUGGUUCAGCACAUCCUCAGCCUGGUGUCGCACCCCAUCCUCAACUUCCUGUACAGGUGGAUCUACGACGGAGAGCUAGAGGACACCUACCACGAGUUCUUUGUAGCAUCGGAUCCCAACGUGAAGACUGAUCGCCUUUGGCACGACAAGUACUCCCUCCGGAAGUCAAUGAUCCCCUCGUUCAUCACCAUGGACCAGGCCCGCAAGGUUCUUCUCAUCGGUAAAUCCAUCAACUUCCUGCAUCAGGUUUGUCACGACAGAACGCCGCCGGGCAAAAUCACGCCGGCCUCCACCUCAGCGGACACGCCCAAAGACGCUGCAGAGCUGCUCUCAGACCUGGAGGGGGCGUUCAAGAAGAUCGACGCCGCCUACUUCGACACCAGCAAAUACCUGCUGGACGUUCUCAACCGCAACUACCUGCUGCUUGAGCACCUGCAGGCCAUGAGGAGAUACCUGCUGCUGGGCCAGGGAGACUUCAUCAGACACCUCAUGGACCUGCUGAAACCGGAGUUGGUGCGUCCUGCCACCACUCUGUACCAGCACAACCUGACGGGCAUCCUGGAGACGGCGGUCAGAGCCACGAACGCCCAGUACGACAACGCGGAGAUCCUCAAGAGGCUGGAUGUGCGCCUGCUGGAGGUGUCCCCUGGUGAUACAGGCUGGGAUGUUUUCAGCCUGGACUACCACGUGGAUGGACCCAUUGCUACGGUGUUCACGAGGGAGUGCAUGGGCCACUACUUGCGCGUGUUCAAUUUCCUGUGGAGGGCCAAGAGGAUGGAGUACACCCUGACUGACAUCUGGAAGGGACAGAUGUGUAACGCCAAGCUGCUCAAAACGAUGCCCGAGUUGUCCGGCGUGCUGCAUCAGUGUCACAUCCUGGCCUCCGAGAUGGUCCACUUCAUCCACCAAAUGCAGUACUACAUCACCUUUGAGGUGCUGGAGUGCUCCUGGGACGAGUUGUGGAACCGAGUGCAGCAGGCUCAGGACCUCGACCACAUCAUCGCCGCCCACGACAUGUUCCUGGACAGCGUCAUCUCAAGAUGCCUGCUGGACAACAACAGCAGGUCUCUUUUGAACCAGCUGAGGGCCAUAUUUGACCAGAUCAUCGAGUUUCAGAGCGCCCAGGACUCCCUCUACCGCUCGGCUCUGGAAGAGCUCGCCCUCCGCCUGCAGUUCGAAGAGAGGAAGCAGCAACGGGAGGAGGAGGGGCAGUGGGGAGUGACUGCGGAACAGGAAGCGGAGGAGAAGAGGAGGAUCCAGGAGUUCCAGGACACCAUACCAAAGAUGCGCUCGCAGCUCCGCAUCCUCACCCACUUCUACCAGAGCAUCGUCCAGCAGUUCCUGGUGCUGCUGAUGACCAGCACGGACGAGAGUCUGCGCUUCCUCAGCUUCAGGCUGGACUUCAACGAGCACUACAGGGCCAGAGAGCCGAGGCUGCGAGCCUCACUCGGCACCAACCGAGGGCGGCGGCCGUCAAACAUCUGACGAGGCCUCCCGUCAUCGGAGCGGGGAUGAGGACAUCGCAGAGACGGGCCGGCUCGCAGACUUAAAGCGCCUGGCGUCGAGGUGAUGUCAUGCCUUGGAGGAGCGGCCCGGCGCUGUUACGCACGUUCUGGUGUCGCGGUGGCCAAGUGAUGACAUCACAGCGGUCUGAUCCCGAAUCGCAAAGUCCAAUACAGUCCGGAAAAUACGACUUUCGGAGCUCGUCGUGACACUGCAGAGACGGCGGCGUGAACGGACUGCUGGGGAUUCUGGGAAACGAGGUCAAUUUUGGAGGGGAGGGGGGAGUGUGAGGAAGUGAAGCUCCCCAAGUUGCACAGGGCCGCCGUACAAGGAACGCCUUAUUAAUGUCUCACCGUGUUCGCCAAACACACAAUGUAUGUACAUGGAGUUUAUGCAAAAAUGUGUCUCUACACGUCUCCUUCUCUAGGGUUCGACCGAUAUGGAUAUUUUUGGACAAUUUUUGUAUUUGUAGCCUUUGUUGAAAUGAUUUGAACUUUCAGUACAGUUGUUCCUGCUGCUCUGUGAAAACACACCGAGACCGCGAGCGGUGUGGAACACUUCCGCUCAGUAUCGGCACACCAGCAUAUCGGUCCGACCCUAGACCUCCACUCAUGCCUGAAGUCCAGUUUUUGUUUUUGUCCAAUCACAAUCACAGAGGAUUUUGUAUCGCAGCAACCACAAACACCUCAAUGUUCUCAUUACAUCUACAAUAGGAACUCCGUACGUGCUCUGGUUCCUUUUUUAAAAUAUGUAAAUAUCCUCAAAUGAAAGUCCAUAAGAAGUUAAUGGUUACACAUUUCAACUCAGGCAAUUUAUUUUAUGAAAAUAAGUAUAUCCUGACAUUGUAAAGAGGAAAGUCAGUGUUGUUGGCUGUGUUCAUAUAUAUUGGAUAAGCUUCCCAAACUCAUUGUUUUUUAAAAAUGAUUAAUUCGACAUAUUUGUCUUUUGCUUUUUGCUGUUGCAUUGAAAAGUCAAGUAGCAUUUCAAUCACCUAGUUAUAUAAUCAUAUAAACAGCUGUGAGCGCUGGUCCUGGGUCAGCGAGGACAAAAAAGAUUGAGCUCAAUGUCGUACAACAGAUGAGAAGAAGGAUCCAGACCAGAACCUGAGGCGCAACCCUGAACUGAACCUGGGUCAGCACCCGUGCCGCGUGUGUCCUCUUCAUUGUAUAGCACAUAAUGUAAAGAACAAAGGGAAACAAAUCAUCCCGUUCCUCCUUAAUAAAAGGUUUUCUAUUCAUGUA